GGCCGUGGACUAUUGGAUAGAAGACUGGGAGGGGGUUAUUCCCGAAGAUCUACAUGGAACUUUCUUGACUGUCGGGCCCAGCAAAUAUGAGCGUGGCGGUGUCCCAAUAAAAUGCUGGUUGGAGGGUGACGGAGCCAUGACGGCUAUCUCCUUCAACAAGGGGAAGGUGCAUGUGAAGGCACGGUUCAUUGAGACGAAAGCCUACUUGGAAGAAAAAGUUGAAGACCGUUUCCUUUAUCGAGGACAAUUCGGGACAAUGAAGACAGGUCGACAUGGCUGGAGCGCAUUCAAAGACAGUUUUUUAAAAAUUCGACUUCCCCCGAUAAAUGCAUUCGACAUGAAGUUCAAGAAUCCGAGUAACACCAAGCCUCUCUACUGGG